UUCCAGUGGGAAAAUUUUAACGGUGAAAAGAGCAGUGAGAAUUGAAGACAGAGCUCGGAAAAUGGCGGAAGAACCACCGAAGCAGACCUCUUCCUCGGCGGAGCAAUCUUUUUCUACGUCGUCGUUAAAAUCUUCCGACGACGCAGUCACGAAAGUGCCCCAGAUAACAUCAACAUAUGGGUCUUCCUCAGCUGAUAGCAAUAACCAUAUGCACCAAACAAUGUACCAGCCACUCCUUUCUGGGUUUUACUACCUACAACAGAACCAGGAGGAGUUGAAUCGUGGUCCUGGUCUUUAUGCAGUUUCAGUUAAUCCUUUUAUGGAUCAUAUGACAGGAUUUCCACCCAACACACUUAUCCCUUUAAGAUACAGUGUACCCACUGAACGCAGUUCUUCUGAGCAUAGAGCAGGAAGUGAUGAGCAAGGACAAGGGGGACAGCAACCACAGCUGCAGCAACAUGCCCCUGAACCUCAGCGCCAAGUAGUCGUGAGGAGAUUCCAAAUUGCAUUUCAGCGUGACCUCUUUCUGAUUCUUAAGCUGGCUGCAGUAAUUUUUUUGUUUAAUCAAGAUGGAUCCAAGCAAAGACUUGUUGUCCUUGUGUUUUUUGCUUCACUUAUUUACCUAUACCAAACUGGAGCUCUUGCACCAUUGAUAAGAUGGCUUUCUCAAGGAAUGCAAAGGGGGGCUGCACCUCCUCAACGUCCUAGACCAGCAGUUAGGGCAGAAAAUGCUGCACUUGCUGGGAGGCAGGGAAAUCAAAAUGGUGCUGCAGAAGCAGGGGCAGAAGGAAAUGUAGGUGAAAAUGGGAAUCAGCCAGGCAACGACGGAAAUAGGGCAGGCGAGAAUGAGCAUGGGGCGGAUGCAGGCGUUGUUGCAGAGGAGGGCAAUAGGUUGUGGCUAAUUGUGAAGGAGAUCCAAAUGAUUGUAUUUGGCUUCAUUACUUCACUGCUUCCUGGCUUUCACAACAUAGAUUAGAUUGAUUAGAAUUAACUGUACACCAAGUAGUCAUAUCAUUCCGGAUUUAAAAGGAGCUUCUGCAGCCCUAUUCCCAAGUAGUAAAUAAUUGUGUUCGAGUAUUAUUUUGACACUGUAGAAAAUCGUAAACUUUUAAGGCCAGAAGUUGUGGUGGGUUUUGCUUGUUACACUCAUAUCAAUCUGUUACUAAAUAUACUGACUUUAAAUUCA